CGCUCUCUGUCCGUCUGCAGCCCGGAGGCUCGCGAGGGCGGCAGGCGUCCCAAGCUCAGUCCUGAAGAAGCCAUGGCGAAGUCCAGGGGCCGUUUGUACCUUUGGAUGUGCUUGGCUGCAGCGCUGGCAUCUUUCCUGGUGGGAUUUAUGGUGGGCUGGUUUAUUAAGCCUCUCAGAGAAACAGCCACAUCAGUGCGCUAUCAUCAAAGUAUACGGUGGAAAUUGGUAUCUGAAAUGAAAGCUGAAAACAUUAAAUCAUUUCUUCGUUCUUUUACAAAGCUUCCUCAUCUGGCAGGAACAGAGCAAAAUUUACUGCUUGCCAAGAAAAUCCAAACCCAGUGGAAGAAAUUUGGACUAGACUCAGCCAAAUUGGUUUAUUAUGAUGUCCUCUUAUCAUACCCUAAUGAGACAAAUGCCAACUAUAUAUCAAUAGUGGAUGAACGUGGAAUGGAGAUUUUUAACACAUCGUAUCUUGAACCACUACCAGAUGGAUAUGAGAAUGUUACAAAUAUUGUACCACCAUAUAAUGCUUUCUCAGCUCAAGGCCUGCCAGAGGGAGAUCUUGUAUAUGUUAACUAUGCUCGUACUGAAGAUUUUUUCAAAUUAGAAAGAGAGAUGAACAUCAACUGCACCGGGAAGAUAGUUAUUGCAAGAUACGGAAAAAUCUUCAGAGGCAAUAAAGUUAAAAAUGCAAUGUUAGCAGGAGCCAUAGGAAUUAUCUUAUACUCAGAUCCAGCUGACUACUUUGCCCCUGGGGUACAGCCAUAUCCCAAAGGAUGGAAUCUUCCUGGAACUGCAGCCCAGAGAGGAAAUGUGUUAAAUUUGAAUGGUGCUGGUGACCCACUCACUCCAGGCUAUCCUGCUAAAGAAUACACCUUUAGACGUAACAUCGAAGAAGGAGUGGGAAUCCCCAAAAUACCUGUACAACCCAUUGGAUAUAAUGAUGCAGAAAUAUUAUUACGCCAUUUGGGAGGAAUUGCUCCACCAGAUGACAGCUGGAAGGGAAGUCUUAAUGUAGGUUAUAAUAUUGGGCCUGGCUUUACAGGGAGUGAUUCUUUCAGGAAGGUUAGAAUGCAUGUGUAUAACACCAAUAAAAUUACAAGGAUUUACAAUGUAAUUGGAACUAUCAGAGGAUCUGUGGAACCUGACAGGUAUGUUAUUCUGGGAGGUCACCGGGACUCCUGGGUAUUUGGAACUAUUGACCCAACCAGCGGGACUGCUGUUUUACAAGAAAUUGCCAAGAGUUUUGGGAAACUGAUGAGUAGAGGCUGGAGACCUAGAAGAACUAUCAUUUUUGCCAGCUGGGAUGCAGAAGAAUUUGGACUUCUGGGUUCCACAGAAUGGGCUGAGGAGAAUGCCAAAACACUCCAGGAGAGAAGCAUUGCUUAUAUCAACUCAGAUUCAUCUAUAGAAGGCAAUUAUACUCUAAGAGUUGACUGUACACCCCUUCUUCACCAAUUGGUGUAUAAACUGACAAAAGAGAUCUCUAGCCCUGAUGAUGGUUUUGCAGGUAAAUCACUUUAUGAAAGCUGGUUAGAGAAAGACCCUUCACCUGAAAAUAAAGAUCUUCCUAGAAUCAAUAAGCUGGGAUCUGGAAGUGAUUUUGAAGCUUAUUUUCAGAGACUUGGAAUUGCUUCAGGCCGAGCCCGUUAUACUAAGAAUAAGAAAACAGAUAAGUACAGCAGCUACCCAGUAUACCAUACAAUUUAUGAGACAUUUGAACUGGUAGAGAAUUUUUACGACCCCACAUUUAAAAAACAGCUUUCUGUGGCUCAGUUACGAGGAGCACUGGUGUAUGAACUUGCAGACUCUACGAUCAUUCCUUUCAAUAUUAAAGACUAUGCAAAAGCUUUGCAGAACUAUGCAACAAGUAUCUACAACUUAUCUAAGAAACAUGACCACCACUUGAGAGACUAUGGAGUAUCAUUUGACUCCUUAUUUUCUGCUGUGAAAAACUUCUCAGAGGCUGCUUCAGAUUUUCAUAGAAGACUUACACAAGUUGAUCUUAAUAAUCCCAUUGUAGUGAGAAUCAUGAAUGACCAAUUGAUGCUGCUGGAAAGAGCAUUUAUUGAUCCCCUUGGUUUACCUGGGAGGCAGUUCUACAGGCACAUCAUCUUUGCUCCAAGUAGCCACAACAAAUAUGCUGGAGAAUCAUUUCCAGGGAUCUACGAUGCCAUGUUUGAUAUUGAAAAUAAAGCAGAUCCUCAUUUGGCCUGGAUGGAAGUAAAGAAACAUAUUUCAGUUGCAGCUUUUACAAUUCAAGCAGCAGCAGGGACGCUGAAAGAAGUGUUAUAAUCUUGGUUAAGGUCUUAACUAAGUUGUUAUUAAAGGUGUUGCUGAAAGUCUGAGGAUACAGUUGAACCUUCUUUUUGGUAAUCCACAAAGCCAGAGUGUCCUAAAAUCUUGCUUUUCAUGUCAUGUUUUGAUUAGAGUUCUGUUUUGUUCAUCUCCUUUUUUUUUU